CCUCCCAUUCUCAUUUACCCUCCUCCCCAAUCCCCAUUUCCAGGAUUAAUCCCCCUUGGAAUCCCAGCAGCUUCUCCAUCUCCCUACCCUGACACUUCAUCCUCUCCUUCCCUUCCCAUCCCAUCCCAUCCCUGGACAUUCCCUCUCCACACGUUCCCCGCACCCAGCUGCAGGAUGGAGGAGUGGAGGCAAUGUGGACGUUGGCUAAUAGACUGCAAGGUGUUGCCCCCCAACCACAGGGUGGUGUGGCCGGCAGCCCAGGUUUUCGACCUGGCGCAAGCUCUGAGAGACGGAGUGCUGCUCUGUCAGCUUCUGCACAACCUGAGCCCCGGCUCCAUCGAUCUCAAGGACAUCAACUUCAGACCACAGAUGUCCCAGUUUUUGUGCCUGAAGAACAUCCGAACAUUCCUGAAAGUUUGUCACGACAAGAUCGGACUGAGGAACAGCGAGCUCUUCGACCCCUUUGACCUGUUCGACGUGAGGGACUUUGGGAAGGUUAUUUCGGCAAUCUCCAGAAUCUCCCACCACAACGUAGUGCAGAGCAAAAGCAUCAGGCCGUUCCCUACGGAGGAGACCGCGGUGGAUGAUGAUGAUGUCUAUCGCAGCCUGGAGGAGCUGGCCGACGAACACGACCUGGGGGAGGAGAUUUACGACUGCGUUCCGUGCGACGAUGACGGUGACGAUAUUUACGAGGACAUCAUCAAGGUGGAGGUGCGGCAACCCAUGCAGAUUAGGUACAUGCAGAAGCUGGGAAUGACAGAGGAUGACAAGAGGAACUGCUGCCUUGUGGAGAUCCAAGAAACUGAGGCCAAGUACUACAAAACGCUCGAGGACAUCGAGAAGAAUUACAUGACCCCAUUAAAGGCCGUUCUGAACCCCCAGGAAAUGGAAGCCAUCUUCAUUAACCUAGAGGAAUUGAUCCGAGUGCAUUACAACUUAUUGAGAGCCAUCGAUCUGGCCGCCAUCUCGGGAGGCAACACUCUUUAUAAAGUCUUCCUGGAUUUCAAAGAACGCCUCUUGAUCUAUGGCAAAUACUGCAGCCAGAUGGAAACUUCACAAAAGACCCUGGACCAACUGAUGGCAUCUCGAGAAGAAAUACGGCACAAAAUCGAGGAGUGUACCCUGAAAGUCCAGGAAGGGAAGUUCAAACUGCAGGAUCUACUGGUGGUCCCGAUGCAACGCAUUUUAAAGUACCAUCUCCUGCUGAAGGAGCUGCUGAGCCAUUCCAACGAUCGCCCUGAGAAGCAGCAAUUGAAGGAGGCACUAGAGGCGAUGCAGGAUCUGGCGAUGUAUAUCAAUGAGGUUAAAAGGGAUAACGAGACGCUGAAGAAGAUCUCUGAAUUCCAGUGUUCCAUCGAGAACCUUCAAACCUCACUGGCAAAUUACGGCAGACCGAAGAUUGACGGUGAAUUGAAAGUUUGUUCCACAGUUAACAGAACAAAACAGGACCGGUACCUGUUUCUCUUCGAUAAGGCUGUGAUUGUCUGCAAGCGGAAAGGCUACAACUACGAGCUGAAGGAGACAAUUGAUCUUCAAGCCCACAAAAUGACCGAUGACCCAAUGAACAACAAGGACCUGAGAAAGUCCCAUGGGAAAAUGUGGUCCUACGCAUUUUACUUAAUUCAUCUUCAGGGCAAACAGGGCUUCCAGCUGUUCUGUAAAACCGAGGAUAUGAAGAGGAAAUGGAUGGAACAGUUUGAAAUGGCACUAUCAAAUAUCAAACCGGAGAAAGCAACAGCAAAUUAUCACAAUUUCCAAAUGAUGACGUUCGACAAGUUCACGAACUGUAAAGCCUGCAGAAUGUUGCUGAGGGGGAUUUUUUACCAAGGGUACACUUGUUCCAAAUGUGGAACUGGAGCUCACAAAGAAUGCCUGGAGACAGCAGCACAAUGCAAGUUAAACACACCGGUCGAUGAUCUGGAUGCUGGGCAGCAGCAGACAGCAGGUCCUAGAAUGCUGGCGGUCCGUUGCUACCAGGGGGUCCCCCUUCCGCCCAUCGGAAAACAAGUCCUCAGUUUCCAGAGCGGAGAGGUGAUUGAGCUGGUCAAGGGGGACCCUGAUUCAACAUGGUGGGAGGGACGAGUCAUUCAAACCAAGCGGUCUGGUUUUUUUCCAAGCUCAGCCGUGAAACCUUGUCCAGUCGACUGCCGACCUGUUAUUAAACCCGCUUUAAAAGAGCUUGACUACAGCACGUACCCUUGGUUUGCAGGGAACCUUGAGCGAGGACAAGCUGACAUCCUCCUAAAGUCACACAUCAGUGGGACGUAUCUUAUUCGAGAGCGGACAGCAGAGGCGGAAAGAUUUGCAAUUAGUAUCAGGUUCAACGACGAGGUGAAACACAUCAAAGUUGUAGAGAAGGACAAUUGGAUCCACAUCACCGAGGCCAAAAAGUUUGAGAGUCUCCUGGAGCUGGUAGAAUACUACCAGACACACUCGCUGAAAGAGAGCUUCAAACAGCUAGACACAGUAUUACGGUUUCCAUACAAACAACGGGACAGGACCGUUCAACGUUCAAACUCACGGACUCAAGCCACUUCCUCCUCCUCUUCCUACAACUUUGCUUUCCUUAGUCCUCAGGGCUUCAGUGUUGGGUCUCAGAAUUCCGCUCCUUUCUGGUCAGUGUUCAAUCCUCGACCCAUUGGCAUGGCGAUCGCACGAUACAAGUUUGCAGCCCGUGACAUGCGGGAGCUCUCGCUGAGAGAAGGAGACGCCGUGAAGAUCUACAGCAAGAGCGGGGGUGACCAGGGAUGGUGGAAAGGUGAAGCAAAUGGCAAGAUUGGUUGGUUCCCCUCAACGUAUGUGGAUGAGGAAGCACUGCCAUGACAGGUGGUACAACGUCACCUAUUCUGGAAGAACUCAGCACGCACAGCCGAUGUCCAAAAUCCAGAGAGGGCUGACAGCAAACAGCUUUUUAAUCUACCUUACUGCCCUUCCUGUUGAGACUUUUGAAUAACCUGCCGACUAAUUUGCCACAAGCAUCCCGAUGUUGUACAUAACUCCCUUUUUUCAGAAAAGAAAAACCCUCAAAGAGUUUAGAAAUAAUUUUCAGUCGUGUGUGUGUGUGUGUGUGUGUGUGUGUGUGUGUGUGUGUGUGUGUGUGUGUGUGUGUGUGUGUGUGUGUGUGUGUGUGUGUGUGUGUGUGUGUGUGUGUGUGUGUGUGUGUGUGUGUGUGUGUGUGGAAGUGUGCGCGUAUGAUUGUGUGCAUUCCUGGGGGACAAAGGGAUGCACGUGAAGUGGGAAUUUUUAUGGAGUAUGGGAAAUUAUUGACGCGAGCCUGUUUGUGUGAGAAUCCUUUCUAAAAUUGUAAUUAUUUUACCAAUGCCACAACGUAUGUGAAUAUUUUACGGAAUGUUGUUAGGCUGAUGCCAAUGUAUAUAUAUAUAGGUUCAUUGUGGGUCGAAUGGCGUUCGAGCUAAAAUUAUUACUGAACUUGUUAAGGGAUGAACUGACAAUGUAAAUUGGUACAAUGUUUUUUUGCACUGCUAACAUGGAUAAUGCAACUGGUUUGGAGAGAAACUGGGAUAAUCUGACUCCUGGUGUGCUGCUUAGAGAGAAGAACCAGGACGUGUACUGUAUUUCAGUGCAAGUCACGUUUGGGAACAAAGAAACUUAUAGGGCUGUGACUGCAACUUGGACUGUAAAUGUUUCACAUAAAGCAACAAAUAAAAGCAACUGUUUCUUUAAACUUUCUGAACGUGGUGCUCAGGAAACUCCAGUCUUUCUUGCGUAGGAAGGUACCGCAGAUGCUGGUUUACACCGAAGAUCGACGCAAAAUGCCGGAGUAACUCAGCGGGCCAGGCAUCUCUGGAGAGAAGGAACGGGUGACGUUUCGGGUCGAGACCUUACUGAGAGUCAGGGGGUGAGGGUGUCUAUUGUGUAUACUUGUAAUGUGUGUCACACACAAGCCUGCACUCAAGAGCCACCAGACUCGAGAUGCCAAGAGUGGGGAAAGUCACAAAUUGAGUUUCUGUAUUCACCCGAGGAUAGUGACUUCUUCAAGACCAUUGGGCUUUAUUGAGUCCGAGGAAGGGAAAUAAUCGGCAUGUUACUCAUCCACAAGGGGUGCCGACGUCAACCUUUGCUCAUUACGUACGUUUUUCCAGCAGGACAAAGGCCAAGAAUGAAAAUCUUCACUGACUAAUCCGCUCCUUCAACCCGGCGUGCUGAGUUAAGUUUAACACCCAGCAUGUCAGAACAUAGUCAAUGUCUACGACUCUAAAGUACACUCCACAGACGUACAGGUUUGUAGGUUAAUUGGCUUGGUAAAAUUGUAAAUUGUCCCGUGUGUGUGUAGGAUGGUGUUGGUGGACGGGAUCGCUGGUCGGCGUGGACUUGGUGGGCCAAAGGGCCUGUGUCUGCACUGUGUCUCUAAACUAAACUAAACGUCCAGGUGUGGUUAGUACCAUGCAUGGCGGGGCCUGAACCUACGGGGCCAUUGUUCUGUGUUGUCUGAUAGGUACUGCUGGAAAUA